CGGCACUGAGCUUUUUUUUCUGUAUGCUUGGGAACAUAAGCAACUUUGAAAAUAAUGCUGUAUGUGGAAACUCUCCAUUAACAUUGUGGAGCUCCAAAAUGCAGAAUGCAUUCCUUCAUCACAGAAAAACGGUCCUGAAUUUGUCAGGAUGAGACUUAUGUUAGCCUGGCAUGGUACAGUGGCUGUUUGUCCCUAUGGAGGCUUUGCUCACCCGUGCUGACAAUACAGAGCAGCUGCUACUGCCUACAAACAGGAAUUAACAACACAGCUGAUUGCUUAUGGUCAGUUCGGAGGAAGAAGCUGCCUUCCCCAUGGCCGGGAGAGACUCAGAGCAGUGAAAAAGCACCGUGAGCAGACACCUUCCUCACCCCGAUCACCCACCAGCCCUCUCAAAAAAGCUCAUCACCUUCAGCUUUCCUACCGCAGCUGAAGCUCGCUCCAGCACGCAGCGCUACGGCAGCCUCCCCGCCUCAGCACGGCGCGCUCUGACGGACGAGGCCACAAGAUGGCGGCGGAGGCCAUCACGUGCCCCGCGGCACCCAGUGCGCCUGCGCAGCUCCGCCCCCUGAGGGAGGCGAGAAGAUGGCGGAAGCGGAGUGAGCGGCUCGUCCGAGCAGGCUGGACGAACACUGCUCAGCUAUGGAGAAUGAGCCAAGCACGACAACAUGUUCUGCAUCCACAACCACCAUUACUACCACCUCCACGUCCCGGACACAGCUUCCACAGAUAUCUGUCUACAGUGGCUCUGACAGGCAUGCUGUCCAGGUUAUUCAGCAGGCCUUGCAUCGUCCUCCUAGCUCAGCUGCUCAGUACCUCCAGCAGAUGUAUGCAGCCCAGCAGCAGCAUCUAAUGCUGCAGACUGCUGCUUUGCAGCAGCAGCACUUAAGCAGUACCCAAUUUCAGAGUCUGGCAACUGUACCACAGGCAAGCCUGUCAGGUGGGAGGCAAUGUACUUCCCCCACUGGGAGUGUCACUCAGCAGUCAAGCAUGUCGCAGACCUCGAUUAACCUCUCCACCUCUCCUACACCUGCACAGAUAAUAAGCCGUUCACAGACCUCCAACACCACCAGCAGCAGCAUUACCCAGCAGACUAUGUUGCUAGGGAGCACCUCUCCUACCCUGAGUGCAAGCCAGGCUCAGAUGUAUCUCCGAGCACAAAUGCUGAUUUUUACCCCUGCUACCACCGUGGCUGCUGUUCAGUCUGACAUUCCUGUUGUCUCAUCAUCUUCCUCAUCUUCCUGUCAGUCUGCAGCUACUCAGGUUCAGAACUUGACGUUGCGCAGUCAGAAGUUGGGUGUAUUGUCAAGUUCACAGAACGGUCCACCAAAAAGCAGCAGUCAAACUCAGUCGUUGUCUUUGUGUGCUAACAAACCUGUAACCAGCACCAAGGGCAUCCAACCAGAAUCCUCAGACAGCAAUAGAAAAGGUGACAGCCCAGCGCCGGAGUGUCGGAGUGCCCCAGUGACACGGACAUCGAGCAUACAUCAGUUGAUAACACCAGCUUCGUAUUCUCCACUACAACCCCAUUCUCUAGUAAAACAUCAGCAGAUCCCACUUCAUUCACCGCCUUCCAAAAUUUCCCAUCAUCAGCUGAUACUGCAACAGCAGCAGCAAGUCCAGCCGAUCGCACUUCAGGCUCCGUCUGGCCAGGAGCCCCCUCCAUCACAGCACUGUCUACCACUCCCAAGCCAUAGUCUUCCUCCAGCUCCUAGCAGUGUGCAGCCUCAUUGCUCACCUAUUCACAUCCAUCCUCCACCUCUGACGCUAUCUCCCACUCCAUCCCAGGCAGCUCAGCAGUCAGUAGUGGUAUCUCCUCCACCUUCUCACUCCCCUAGUCAGUCACCCACAAUAAUUAUUCAUCCUCAAGCACUUAUCCAGUCACAGGCAAACUCCCUUGUGCCAGCAGCUCUUCAGGCAGAGCAGUCUGCCCCUCAGCAAACUGCUGCCAGUCCAGUGCGGCCAAUUGCACAGCCCCUCAACCUCCCGUCGCACCUCCCGCUUCCACCUUCCCCUGCUGUACACAUAGGGUCAGUGGAUCAGCCCAGCUUGGUUUCCCCAGGCCAGCAGAUCGUGUCCUCCACACCACACCAGCAGUAUUCAGCCUUGCAGUCCACGCCUAUCCCUCUUGCGGCUCCUCCGCAGCUGUCGACAUCUUCAACCCAGAUACAACAACUGCCGUUGCAAUCUGUACAGUCUUUGCAAGUGCAGCCUGAAAUUCUAUCUCAGGGCCAAGUUUUGGUUCAAAACACUUUGGUUUCUGAGGAAGAACUUCCUGCUGCAGAAGCUUUGGUCCAGCUGCCGUUUCAAACUCUUCCACCACCGCAGACUGUUGCAGUAAAUCUUCAAGUUCAGCCAUCAGUACCAAUUGAAACUCCAGUGAUUUACCAAGUGGAGAAUGUAUGUGAAGAAGAGAUGCCUGAAGAGUCUGAUUGUGUCAAUAUGGUUAGAACACCUACGCCACCGACUUUGUCUCCACCAGCAAUAACCUUGGGGAAUGGAGAUGCACUUAAUUCAGAAGAGCCUUUGUCGGACCACGCAGGACUGCCCUCAGUGACAUCAUCAGUCAGUGCCUCAGUAAUUAAAUCUCCAUCUGAUCCUUCGCAUGCCUCUAUUCCACCACCACCUCUUUUGCUUCCAGCUGCAACAACAAGGAGUAGCAGCACGUCAAUGCCCAAUAGCAUUCCUAGUCUAGAAAAUAAACCUCCACAGGCUAUUGUUAAACCACAGAUCCUGACUCACGUUAUUGAAGGCUUCGUGAUUCAGGAGGGCUUGGAACCAUUUCCUGUAAGUCGUUCAUCUUUGCUGGUAGAACAGCCUGCAGAAAAAAGAUUGCUAGUGGAGGGUCAAAUCAUGAGUGUUAUGUGUGUUGAAUCAGACUUGCAGAAUACAAAGCAUGCAGACAACUCAUCGGACACAGAGAUAGAGGAUAUGAUUGCAGAAGAGGGCCUGGAUGAAAUUGAAAAUGAACUCCUGAAAUGUGAAUUUUGUGGAAAAAUGGGAUAUCCCAACAAGUUUCUACGAUCAAAACGAUUCUGUUCUACGUCCUGUGCUAAAAGGCACAGCCUUAGUUGCACUAAGAAAUUUGGGCUGUUUGCAUCAGACAAGACCAAUCGUUGGAAUCGGAAAUCAGAUAGCCAAAGUCUUGGGCGACGCGGGCGUCGACCGAGUGGCCCUGAUGGGGCACCACGAGAUCAUUUUCUUAGACAGCUUCCAAUUACUUAUCCGUCUGCAGAAGAAGAUCUGGCUUCUCACGAAGAUGCUGUUCCAACUGCGAUGACCACCCGUCUGAGAAGACAGAGUGAGAGGGAGAGAGAACGUGAACUAAGGGAGCUAAGAAUUAGGAAAAUGCCCGAGAGCAUGAACUUGUUACCAGUGGUGCAGUCAGACCCUUCGGUAUGGACUGUUGAUGAAGUUUGGGCCUUUAUACAUUCUUUGCCUGGUUGUCAAGAUAUUGCGGAUGAAUUUAGAGCACAAGAAAUUGAUGGACAAGCUCUCCUCUUGUUGAAGGAGGAUCACCUUAUGAGUGCAAUGAAUAUUAAGCUUGGACCUGCGUUAAAAAUCUGUGCACGUAUCAAUUCAUUGAAAGAAUCAUAGGGGUGAACAUGGAGGUUUAAGCAACGGUUACUCUGUGACUAAACUAGCAGUAAUAUGCCAACAACUUCAGCAUGGCAUGAGUGUUACUGUGAUGUUUUGUUGAACAUCUGGGCUUUUCCUCCAACAGACUUGGAAAAAAAGAAAAUAUUCUGCUGAUGAUAUCACGUAGUCCUUUGCAGGUUCCAGCAAUUAAUAAGUUCGUGGUAAAGCCCAAAUAAUGCAUUGAGUUAAAUUGGGAGUUCAUGGGAAAACAUGAAGUGAAAUAUUCUGUUAAUAUUCUUUUAAAUAUUCCCCAGUAUGUACUUGGAAGUUUAAGAUCAACACCCCAGCACCCUCAUAACCUAAACACCAGUUACGUUUUCUUGCUGUAUUGUCUGUUACGACUUUUCCCACAUACAGCAGUUUUUGGACUGAAAUAAGAGAAGAGUCCACAGACCCUGUGGAAGCACUAAUAGUGGUAAAAUGCUAUGCAUUUAGUUGUGCUCUCUGAAUUUCUUUUAGUCUUGGGCAAAUUAUUUCUAUGGAGUAGGUUGGCAGCCUGUUUUCCUUGUACAGACUUACCUUCAUCUCUGCCACUGUAGUAUUUUCUUUGUUUGGGAAUACUAUAAGCCAUGGAGGCUCUC